GGCUGAAAUCGAAAGUAAUGAUUUGCGCCAUUUUCUUUAGUCUACGAAAUCUCUCGGUUGUUGCCUGUAGGGUGAUUUUGACACGUGAGCAGACAUGCUGGUUCCAGUGCUUCUCCUGGGGACUCUGGAAGAGCUGCUCGAUGAUGACCUCAAAAUGCUUAAGUGGUACCUCUCAAUGCAUGUCUCGGGCAGCUGUGCACCAAUUCCCAGGUCCCAUCUGGAUAAGGCAUCCCGGACAGAAACUGUGAGUAAGAUGAUAGAGUGCUACGGUGAGGAGGAUGCUGUGAACAUCACCAUUGAGAUUCUGAAGAAGAUGAACUUCAACGACACCGCAGGGAAGUUAGAGAACAGAUAUACAGAGGGAAAAACGGCUACACCCACCACCUCCUCCACUGCUGUGGAAUCUCGUGCUGCCCCUUUCACAAUGUCGGCUCAGCAAGGAGGCGUGAUCAUCGCUCCGACAGUCACCAGCACAUCUGGAUCAUUGAAUAUAACAUUCAAUAAAUAAACGAAUAAAACAGAAACUGAGUGGGGUGAGUGGGACAGAAUACACAUUAUAUUUUUCCAAAUAUUGAUGUGAUUGACAUUUACUAUUAUUCACCGUGUACAAUUUCAUGUUUACUGUAAAAUGGAAACCUUCAUACAUUGUAACCAUGGUCAUUAAAUAUCAUGUGGAAAAAACAUGAACAGCCAAAGAAUAUCUCCCAGCCAAUCAGAUGGAAACAGUUUCUCAAAGCCUUGGAAUAAUACUUUAUGGUAACACCAAUUUAAGUGUCCAUUUAUAAGCAGUUUACAGAUAUGUAAUAAAUGGUAUAAAACACACUAUAAUGUAAUUAUAAGCAUAUGUGAGGAUAUUUUUAUGUGUUUAUUAAUGUACAGUAUUUCAUCUAACUUCACAUAAGACAUAUUUGAUAUAAUUACAACUGUGUUUGAGUAUAUUGUCAUUCAUUAUCUGUCUAUAAUAACCAGCCUCCACUUAUGGGUGUUCUCAGGAGAAGUUACAGUUGUUGAAAAAUACAUUAAAAAACGCUAAAAUAUUUGCUUACAACUACAUUAUAUCAUGUAUUAAAGGUUUACAUAAUGCUUAUUAAAGGGACUUCAGUGCAAGUGUUAUCUAAUUUUUGUAAACAAUAAUUGAUGAUAACUUCAUGAUCUCUUUUAUCUUUGAAAGGUUCUUGUUGUCUGGGCCACCGUUAAUAUCUGACACUGUCAGACUGUCAGUCUCACAGAGCAAGUUCCUGUCUAAUGAUGACCAUGAUAUGACACCAGGUUUUGCAGAAUAUACAUUUCCCUUUCAAAGCUGUUUUUAGACCAAGUACCCUCAGCUCAUUUUAAUAGAAUGGAAAGUGUUGAUCCUCACAUUUCAGUCAUUUACAGGUGCUUGUCAUCUCCAUAUGUUGUCAGCAGGUGGUGCUGGGGUCACAUUGAUGUGACAUCUCUUGUGGACCAUAAAAAAUCUGUAUUUCUGAAUCAAACCUCUUGUUCUCCUUGCACAGAGGCAGAUUAGGACCAAAGAAACCCCCACUGUGGUACAACAAUGAGAAUGUACCUGAAAAUUUAUCUGAUGUGAGACAUUAUAUGAUUCUUUAAAAACUGUUGUUAUCAAAUAAAUCCAGUUAAUAGUUAUAACCGGGAAAGGAGUGAAACUGUGUCAUUUCAUUCCAAUGUGUUUGACAUAAAUAAAACAUGACCAUCAA